AUGGCGACUCUCUACAAUCAAGUCCCUUCUGUAUCAGCAGUGUUCUCUCUCUACACAUCUUUCUCAGCAAUCACCAUGCUCUUCCGCACAAUCCUCAACGAGAUUGUGCCUAAGAGAAUCCGAGAAUACAUCACUCUCAAAGUUGUGGACUUCUUCUCCUCUUACUUUCAGUCAAACUUCACGUUUGUGAUCGAGCAGAGAUGGGAGUUUGUCGAGAAUCAAACUUUCCGUGCGGCUGAAGUUUACUUACCUACCCGUCUCGCCGGACUCUCCACCGGAAAACUCUUGGUGGGUUCGAGCAAUCUCAAGAAUCCGGCGGCUGAGCCAAAACUCGGAAUCCCAGUCAACACAAAGAUCAUAGAUGAGUUUGAAGGGAUCCAUCUUGAGUGGACUCUUCACUCUGUUGAGACCAAGAAGUAUCUCCCUGAGAAACGGUACUUUCAUUUGACAUGUAAGAAGGAGUUUCGUGAGAAGAUAAUGACAGACUACUUCACAUACUUGGCGAAAUCAGCAGAGAAGAUAAUGAGCCAUCGCGAGAAUCUCAAGAUCUACACUUACAACCAAGACAGGUCAAAAUGGGAAUCAGCCAUCUUCGAGCACCACACUACGUUCGAGACCUUAGCCGUGGAGCCGAAGCUCAAGAACACUUUGAUCGACGAUCUUGACGGUUUUUCCAAAGGAAAAGACUUCUUCAAGAGCGUGGGACGAGCUUGGAAACGUGGUUACCUUCUUUACGGCCCGCCGGGAACCGGGAAGUCCUCUAUGGUGGCUGCGAUUGCUAAUCACAUGAAGUACCAUAUCUAUGAUCUUCAGAUACAGAGCGUUAGAGAUGAUGGUGAGCUGCGUGAGAUUCUUACGUCAACCAAGAACAGGUCGAUUCUUCUCAUUGAAGACAUUGAUUGUGGAGCUGAUGCUUCUCGUAGACGACAGAAGAAGAAAAAGGAAGAAGAUGGUGGUGAAGAUGAUGGUGAGCCCCAAAAGCGCAAGAAGAAGUUUGAAGGGAUAUCUUUGUCUGGUCUGUUGAACUUUGUGGACGGACUUUGGUCGAGCUGCGGAGAAGAAAAGAUCAUAAUUUUCACAACCAAUCACAAGGAGAAGCUUGACCCGGCGUUGUUGAGGCCUGGAAGGAUGGAUGUUCACAUUCUCAUGGACAAUUGCACACCUUUUGUGUUCAAGAAGCUUGUGGCUAUGUACCUCAAGACUGAUGAACAUGUCCUGUUUGAUCCCAUUGAGAAGCUUGUCCUUGAGGUGAGAGCUACUCCGGCUGAAGUCACGCAGCAGCUCAUGGCGAGUAAGAACGCUGACAUUGCUCUCAAGGGUCUUCUUGAAUUUCUUGAAACCAAGAAGUUGAAGAAGGAAGAUGAUACCAAAGUGGAGGAUGAGGGAGAGAUUGAAGAUGAUGAGACUAAAGAAGCCGAAGCAGAUGCAGAAAAAUAA